AUGUCUGAAUUUGAUUCAAGCAUCCUCCAAAUCGAUAAUGGUGAAGUUCUUUAUUAUCAAGAAUUAAAAAAACAUAUUGAUUCGUUAAGUGAAAAAUUUCGAGAAAAAAGCGUUAUAAUACAAGGUGUUUAUGAUGCUAUUAUUAAAUGUUUAUUUAUACCAAAGGGACAAGCAUUAGGCUCGUUUUCUCCGAAAUUUAUCUUUUGGGUCAAACAACAUUUCGUCUUAAUUACAAUUGCUGGUGUUAAUAUUGCUUGCUGUAUUAAAUCCAAAAAACCAAUUUGCAUUUAUGAAGCUUAUUAUAAUGUAAUCGGUGAAGCACAUGCUACUAUUUCUCAUGGGGGUCGUGAUAAAACAAUCUAUGAACUUAAUUCUCAUUAUUCGUGGAUUCCACGAUUUGCUGUUGAAAUAUUUUUAAAACAAUGUGUUCCUUGUCAAACACGAAAACCACUCAAACAACAUGUAAUUACCAAACCUAUUAUUUCACUUGGAGUAAUGACAAGAUUACAAAUUGAUUUGAUCGAUAUGAGAACACGACCUGAUGUAUUAAAUCCAGACAUUAGUUAUAAUUGGAUCUUAAAUUGCAUCGAUCAUUUUAGUAAAUUUACAUGGGCGUAUCCGUUAAAAAACAAAAGUGCUAUUGAUGUUGCAUUAAAAUUACGUGAAUUAUUUUUCGUCUUUGGGCCACCAAAGAUAUUGCAUAGUCACAAUGGACGAGAAUUCGUUGCAAGUGUGAUAUAUGAAUUAAAAGAUUUAUUUCCAGAUAUGGUUUUUAUUAGAGGUAAACCAAGACAUCCUCAAAGUCAAGGUUGCGUUGAACGAGCAAACGGUGUUUUAUGCGACGCUCUUGGUAAAUGGAUGACAUUACAUAACUCGUCACAUUGGUCAGAUGGUUUAUUACCGGUAGUUUAUGGUAUUAAUACAAGAUUAUCAGUUCCCAUGUGA